AUGGUGUUUCUGUUAACAGUCGCGGAAUUUGGCCUCUCUCUGCUGCUGAUCGUCUUCUCAGGAUUUCUCUCCGUCGUCGUUUUCGAAGCUUGGAGAAGGAGACACAGUAACGUUUGUGUAGAGACCGUGAUUGCUCUCGAGGAUCCGAAAUCCUUAAAACAGAUUCCUUGCCCUCAUAUCACUGAUCCUGCCGAGAAGUAUUUGUCAUUAAUAGUUCCAGCAUUUAACGAAGAGCAGAGACUUCCUGCAGCUCUUGAGGAAACAAUGGAUUACCUUCAAGGUCGUGCAUCACGGGACAAGAGUUUUUCUUUUGAGGUGGUGAUUGUUGAUGAUGGAAGUGUUGAUGGAACAAAAAGAGUGGCAUUUGAUUUCGUUAGAAAGUAUACAGUUGAUAACAUUAGGGUUAUACCCCUUGGGAAGAAUCAAGGGAAAGGAGAAGCUAUAAGAAAAGGAAUGAUGCAUUCUCGUGGUGAGCUACUUCUCAUGUUGGAUGCUGAUGGAGCAACUAAAGUAACAGACCUAGAAAAGCUUGAAAAUCAGAUCCAUGCAGUAGCCAGAGAAGAAAAGUCAAUCAGAGAUCCUGCAUCAAAGCAUGUGGAUUUUAGAAUAGGUGAUGUGCAAGUAUCUGCAUUUGGUUCUCGUGCUCAUCUUGAGGAGAAAGCUCUUGCUACAAGGAAAUGGUAUCGCAACUUUUUGAUGAAGGGUUUCCAUCUUGUGGUUCUAUUAGCUGCUGGUCCUGGAAUUCGGGAUACACAGUGUGGUUUCAAGAUGUUUACCAGAGCUGCUGCUAGAAGACUUUUCACAAACAUCCAUCUGAAAAGGUGGUGCUUUGAUGUUGAAUUGGUGUUCUUGUGCAAACGUUUUAACAUCCCAAUGCUCGAGAUCUCUGUGAACUGGUCUGAAAUACCCGGGUCUAAAGUCAGUAUGUUGAGCAUUCCAAACAUGGUGUGGGAGCUUGCUUUAAUGUCUGUGGGAUACAGAACUGGCAUGUGGAAGAUCCAUCACGCUUGA